AUGUUGGUAAGGACAGUUACUCAAACCAUUGAAUCAGAAUCUGGGUUCCUACACCCGGCGCUGGAUAUUGUUGCUACUCUACCUGCAGAUAUUCAAUCUAAGAAAAUACCUAUCAGCUUGGUAGUGGGAUUCAAGCAAGAGGGUCCGAUGAAUUCUGGCUCGGGUUUAGCCUGCUACUAUUAUGCCAUUCCUUUGGUUAAGGAAAGACAUAUGAGCUUAAAAUCAGAUGGAAGCAAUGUUGUGGGAGUACCGUUAUUAGACACUAGCGAUGACAGAAUUCGUGAUGUGACAAGACGCUUAGCCACAAUAAUAUCCGAAAAGUUUAGCAGACCAUGUUAUGUAACAUGGUCAUCUUUGCCCAAAGAGGACACAUCUAUACUGGUAACCAACCAUGUGUAUAUUCUAAAGAAGUGUCUUGAUUUUUUAAAAGCCGAGCUUAGUCGGUAG